AUGGAAGACAACGUCGAGAGAGGAAGGGAUCGUCGUACGAGAAUCAUCUGGGCCAUCAGAAGAGUGCAUUGCCUCGGAAAGAAGCCUGAUGACGCCUUGAAACUUGUUCAGGAAGUCCUGGAAUUGGAAUUGAAGUCAGUAACAAAAUAUAUAUUCUCAAUUUCAGAAUCCUGAUUUGCGGAACAUGUAUCAACGAGACACCAACAACGGAAGUGGAGGGCGCGGCCGAUGCCGAUAUUGAUCGGAUCAAGAAGUAUCGUGUUUGCUCCGACUGUUUAUAUGCCGAUCGCGCGCAAAGAUGCCACGUGUCACUGAAAGCCGACGUGCUCAUCGUAGGUUUUCGUUUGUCUUUCUCAAGUCAUAGUUUUCAGAAUCAUCGGAUGAAAGCGCUGAUCAGAAAACAGAUGGAAAGUGCAGUAGAGCGGAUCGGAACAAAUGUGAAGAAAAUCGCGGAUGUUAAAAAUGAGAUUGUGACAAAGAAAAAGAAGGUCCAGCAGGUAUGAAAUGAAGCCGUACUGUAAUUCACUCUUUUUCAGAAACUGCAAGCGCUCACUGUCAUCGAAGAUGCGAAAAACUUCGACGAGAUCAGCGAACGGAAAGAUGCGGACGAACAGCGAUUCUUCGAGGCGAGAACGAAGAGGAUGGAGAAGACUACAGAGACGUACCUGCGUGCUCCCCAGGAGGAGACGGACCGGCCUUUCCCGUUCCAAUAAUUGUUUUUUUUAUUAAAAUUUUUCAAUGCACUUUUUCUACUUGUUUUUAGAGCUUUUCCCAAGAAUUUUGCGAUUUUAGCACGGUGGUACGGUACGCAAACCGAGUCCGCAGUUCGAGUCGCGCAAUUGCGGACGAAAUUCAAAUUUGUUUACACUUGUUGUUUGUUUUCCCGACCUAAUUUCGAACAAAUUUUGGGCCUAAAUUUCUGCUUAUGCGCAAUUUCAAUGUUCGAGCUUUUUUUAUGUUUUUCUUUUAAUUUUCAGCAAAACUAGAGCAGCUGGGCAAACCUUCGACUCAACUCGUCUUGUACUAACCAUGAAAUGUUAGUUUUUCAGAUGUUUUUGAACAAAUUUAGUGUUUUUCAGCUAACUCGAAAGCUGAUAAGCCGGGCGUUCGUCGGCAGAGAAACAGCUCGACCUCGUGUCUCGGGGCAAGCGAGGAGCUUCUCCGCGAGUCGAUAAGAGUGAGUUUAUCACCUGAACAUUUCAACAAAAUCAGUUUGCAGUACGCGGUCGAAUCGGAGCCCUACUCGAUUUGGACUAACCAGGACACGUGGGAUGAGGCUAACCGUCUUGCCACUGCGCUUCACAAGGUAGCUCCAUUUUGUUUGGUCUUCCACUGAAUUGAUUCUUUUUAGAAACCGCAAACUGUCAGAAAGGCCAUUUAUAAUCGUCGUCACUUUAUCAACAAGAAGAUAGAGGCCGCCUUGAUAAAAUACGAAGUUCUCGACAAGGACUCGCCAGUUAUUCACCAAAUAGCCGAGAUCGUUAAGGUGAUAAUCAAGUUUUUUCGCUCCAGCUUAUCAUCGUUUCUAGACUAUCACAUUCAAUGUGAUCAAUUUCCUGGAGGCUCACCGCGACAAAAUAAGUGCGGAGAUCAAGUCGAAGCAGAGUGCACAGCAAUAA